AUGGAUGAUGCUGCCGUCCUCAAGCGACGAGGCUACAUCAUGGGAAUCAAUUUGGGAGAGGGCUCGUAUGCGAAAGUCAAAUCCGCUUACUCUGAGCGCCUGAAGUUCAACGUGGCGGUCAAGAUCAUCGACCGCAAGAAAGCCCCCACAGACUUCCUGGAGAAAUUCCUUCCCCGGGAAAUUGAGAUUCUGGCCAUGCUAAACCACCGCUCCAUCAUCAAGACCUACGAGAUAUUUGAGACCUCCGACGGCAAGGUCUACAUCGUCAUGGAGCUCGGGGUCCAGGGCGACCUCCUUGAGUUCAUCAAGACCCGGGGGGCCCUGCAGGAAGACGAUGCGCGCAAGAAGUUCCACCAGCUGUCCUCAGCCAUCAAGUACUGCCACGACCUAGAUGUUGUCCACCGAGACCUCAAGUGUGAGAACCUUCUCCUCGACAAAGACUUCAACAUCAAGCUGUCCGACUUCGGCUUCUCCAAGCGCUGCCUGCGGGAUGACAGUGGCCGACUGACACUGAGCAAGACCUUCUGUGGGUCGGCGGCGUACGCGGCCCCCGAGGUGCUUCAGGGCAUCCCCUACCAGCCCAAGGUGUAUGACAUCUGGAGCCUAGGCGUGAUUCUCUACAUCAUGGUCUGCGGCUCCAUGCCGUAUGACGACUCCAACAUCAAGAAGAUGCUGCGCAUCCAGAAGGAGCAUCGCGUCAACUUCCCGCGCUCUAAGCACCUGACGGGCGAGUGCAAGGACCUCAUCUACCGCAUGCUGCAGCCGGACGUCAACCGGCGGCUGCACAUCGACGAGAUCCUCAGCCACUGCUGGGUGCAGCCCAAGGCCUGGGGCCUGUCCUCUGCAGCCAUCAACAAGGAGGGGGAGAGCUCUCGGGCCACCGAGCCCCCGUGGACUCCUGAGCCCAGCUCCGACAAGAAGUCUGCCACCAAGCUGGAGCCCCGGGAAGAGGCCCGGCCCAAGACCUGGGCGGAGACAAGACCCGAGGAGGAGGCGCUGGCAGUGCAGGUGUCGAGGCAGUCAGAGGCCAUGGGCCUCACCAGCGAGCAGCCCAGCAAGGAGAUCAAGGAAGGGGCCACCCCGCAGCCUUCAGAGACACACACCUAG